ACAGGCUCCACAUCAUGGAAGUGCUGCAUUGCUCUGUUUUAGCUUUUCUACCAUCUGUUCAUCUAGCCAGGAUUCAACUACGCAUCUAGAAUGCUACUUUUAUAACGAUCAGGUGCUGGGAAAAAAUAUAUAUAUUUUACAAAGGUGAAACUUUUGAGGUCAUGGGGAGCUUAGAGAGAAUGUGGUGGAUUGUAAUCGAGUGCACCUGCAGGCUCCUUGGCAUUUCUACAUCCACAGUGUUGUGUGCUGUGGGAGUGGAAACACUACAUCAGGGAGAAUUCAACAGCCUUGGCAUCUAUCUAAUAGUCUCAUUUAUUGGGAUCAUGAUUCUUGAACUAGCCUAUUUCCUGGAUUCUCUCCUGUCCAUGUGUCUGCCCUGCCCUCCAGACUGGAAGUUGUUUGUACUGUGGGGGAAGAUGGCUCGCAUUGGAGGCUUUCAUAAGUUCCUAUACUACUCCAUCAUGUCAGUGGUCUGUUUCCUGCACCCUGUGCUAGUGUGGCAUGCAAUCAUCCCAGGAACAAUGCUUCUGGUGACAGCCUUUUUCAACUUCAUACUGAGCAAGAAAACAAAGACCAAACCUCCCAAAAGCCCGCAGGAGAGCUUCAGCAACCAAGGCCCAACUGCUGUCUUUGUGACAGAAAGCACGGGCUCAGACGGCACCUUCUCAUUCUUCCAUAUGGUGACAGGCAGGAGAGGACAGGGGCUGGCACCGACAAGCAGAGACAACUGCCUCAGCACCGGAGAGAGAGGAGACAGCAUCCAGGCUAUGCUGGAGCUGGAGCAGACAACAACACCUAAAGACACAGAUGGGGAAAGGAGGAGGAGGUGGAAAGAGAAGAGACUAAUAUGCUUUAGAAGUGGGGAGGAGCCUGUGGAGAGGGAGAUGGAAGAGAUGGAUGGAUACUGUGAGCCAGACACCACCUCAGACACUGCACCUAUGAUUACUGACUGAAUGUCGCUGUGCUUACUGAUAACACACAAUGGAAAUGAUGUAUAAAGAAUAAUGCAUUCACGCAUACUCCGUACAACCAGCCGGUCUUGCACCAACUUUUUGUAGAAAGCACCAAUGUCUUCCACAAUAAGGUUUAUUUUAUGUGAUUAAGCUAUAAAAAAUGAUUUUUAUGAAAUAUUUGACUGAUUUGUAUAUUUUUGGAGUCUUGUACAAAUUUAAAAGUUGGAGUUUCAAAUGCAUGCACUCAAAUAAAUGAAACCAUUUGUACCAACAUGUG